GCCAAGCGGGAAUGGGUUGGCCAUAUGGAGGAGGCAUGGAUGUUGGGAAGAGGCCAGUGGCGAGGUGAGAUUGAUACAGAGGGGGAGUUGACUGUCGCGUACUUAGCGCCGACGGUUGCGAUGAGGAACUGGCUCAUCGAAGAAAGAAUGAGGGAUGAAGUGCAUGUGGCAGAAGUGCAUGGCCAAGUGACAUAUCAACCAUGGAAGCUGCCAGCGGAAAUGAACGCGGACAGAAUGCGUGAGCGCAAACGACGGCCAUGGGUGAAAGUCUUCAAACCCUCACUACUGGCAGCGAAAUGGAUGAGAGGGGCAGUCGAGUACUUCUUUGGCCCAAUCGUUAGCGAACAGCGGGUGGACGAUGAGCAAAGAGAGUACGUGAGGUAUGUGCUGGAUGGCCCGAUGAAGAACCCGCUGAAGAGCAGCGUCGCGGUGGCUAUCGGCGCUUAUAGCUUCGAAGAGGUGAGAGUAGUAACGAGUGAGACACCCUUUUGUGAGGUGUGUUUCACACAUGGCCACAUGGGGCUCCAUGGAAGAUGCUUGACGCCGUCUGAGACACUGCAGGAGAUGCACGAAAGGGAGGUGAUAAGUACUAUGGACCCGAUCUUGCAGUCGAAUCCCCAGGAAGAAAGGAGGGCCUGGCAUGAGCUGGAGCUCCAGGUGGAUGACGCCCUGCUGAAGGAAGCCAGAAUUGCAGGGGAGGCGCGGAAGGAGGCCGCAAGCCAGGCCUGCCACGAAGAAAGGCGGAGGAAGCCAGCCAAGGGAAGAGGAAGAUACCGCCGAAAUGUACUAUGGGAGGGGAGGGGAGACGACCCCAUGCAGACUGACGACCCGCACUGGGUUUUCGGAGAAGACCGGAAAAGGAAGGCGGAGCAGGGGCCGGAACAAGAGAAAGGCUCCAAAACGGGCAGUUUACGACAAGAACAAGGGACAGGAGGGGACCAAAGAGAGAGGGACGCUGAGUCUUCGUCAGCCAAGUCAGGUAAGGAGGUUGGGGACGGCGGGCAGACACAGUCUUCAGAAGGAUUCGGGGGGUCGAAGAAGGGGGAGAGACUAGCCGACAAAAAGGAGGGCAGGAGGGAAGGAUUACUCAGGGAACGCAAGGGCAGCAGGGGAACCGAGCUACUUCGUCCGAGAAGAAUGCUGAUGGGGGAGAAGGAGGGGGGAGGGUUGGGCUAUCCGAGGGCCAAGGGGGACAAAGCGAGGGAAGGAAAGAAGCGCAGGCGGACGAUAGGCAGGACCAGAGAAGAAAUCCUCAUCAGCGGAAUGCUUUCCGGCUCCGACCUUCUCCUCCGACAGGGUGGCAUCGAUGCAAGGGAAACUAUGGGCCAGGAGACCUCGGGACGGCAGGUUUCAUCGCAAACCUCGCAAACAAGGCCGAAGUGUACAAGAGAGAGGCAACGAUCCCCCUUGGGAACCAAGGGAUAUGAACCAAGGUAUUCGCUGCGAGGGAAGGAGAAAAGAAACGAGUCACCACCGCCUUCGGGAUCGGUCCCCCUCAAGGAACCAAGCUUUGGCCUUCCGGCCGAGGGGGUGGGUGAUCAGUCAAGCUGCCAAGACGAUGACAACUCAUUGGAAUCCUCUACUACAGAGACAUCAGAUAGCUCGGAGGAUGACCAACAGUCUGGUCAUCGGUCUGCAAACCAGCAGCAGCAGGACUGCUCAGCAGAGGGAGGGGCUCAGGGGUCUGCAAGACAGCAGCAACAGGAGCGAUCAGUAGAAGAAGAACAUCAUACUUCGCGGGGUCAGGGGUCGGAAGAGCGGGCUACACCGGCGGAGGCGGCAAGUGCUGAGAAUCGAAGUACGCAGGAGCAGGAGAGUCAGCAGCGCCAGCAGCCUGAGAGUCAACUGGAAGGCCUGGCACGGCAGGAGCGCAUGGGGGCCAGGUUGCCUGACAUUCUUAGGGCGGGAGAGGGCUAUGUCUGCCCGAUUGUCCUAUGGCGGGCGCCAGAGGAAAUAAGGCUGCUCCUGGAGGGGGCAACGGACGUACCAACUUUUGGAGUGGCCCGCCCGCCUCGGGAACAGCAGGUGCUCAAGAAGGUGGCUGAAUGGUUGGGUCCAAGAUACGAAGUGGUGACGCUGCCUCAGAUAUCAGCCCUACGAUUUGUGAGGGAGACUGCGGGGGGGGAUGAGUAUGUCAUCUUUGUCUUCUUUGUGGAAGCCAUCCCUAAGAGACCGGGAGUUCCGAGGCUAGGAUCGGCAGGCAUGCACUGGAUACGGUUCGCCGAAGCCUAUGGUCCUGCGGCCCUCUCGCAGGACUACCACUUGGUUCAUACAACAUCCCUGGCUCUUCUCAACAGCGUUAAUGCGUGCCUGCCGCUGAUGGAACAUGUGGGGGGUAUGAAGUUCCAGAAUGGAACUGAUUCGUAUAGAACAUUGCACCCGCAGGAGAGGGCCUUUACUUUCUGGGGAAACACUGUUACCCGAAGGAGUCGCAUCGACAUGAUAUGGGCGUCGGGGGAGCUGAACGAAACUGGGGAGCAAGUGCGCAUUGUACCAAUGGCUACGUCGGACCAUUCAGCAGUAAUCGCGACAUUCCCAGUGGGUCGCCUGGAGAUAGGCCGCCCGCCCAAAGCGAUUCCAGCAUGGGUUUUCAAAAGCCCGGAGUAUGGCCCUGUCAUUGUUAAGUUUUGGGAGGACUGGGCCGAAGACUGCACUCAGGAACAGCUCCUGCCACAAGUCAUCACAGCAGUGCAGACAUUGCGGCACAUCUUGCAGAAGCUGUUGAGGGGAAACUACCUGGCGCACAAGAAGACAGGGGAGGAGUACGCCCAAAGGAUGGAGGAAUUGGACAAAGGCCCUGAGGAGGGCCAGAUAGAGGAAGAAUGGUGGGCAGAGAGAGUGGAAGCAGCACGAGGAUGGAGGGAGUGGCAGGCAGAGGAAGCGGUUAAAUGGGGUAGACGCACCAAGGAGACAUGGAUCACAUUGGGGGAACGAAUGUCACGACAGUUCUUUGCUACAGUAGCAACGAAAAAGGCAGCACCAAUAAUGACAGCCAUGGAUCACCCCUUUGACGGCCAGAUGGAGCAACAGCGUACUACUCGGGGAAUUUUGAAGUGCGUUACCGAUUUCUAUCGCCAACUGCUCACGGAGGAAGAGCAAUGGACUCCUGAGGAGAUGGCCGGUGAACCAGAGCUGGAUAUCUGGAGCCAUGUACAGAGCCGCCUCAAUCUUGCGGAAACUUGUAAGUUGGAAGAGGACAUCACGGAAGAGGAAGUGGUAAGCGAUUGCAGAGCUCCCUAGGCUCAAAACGCCUGGCUUGGAUGGAAUGCCGGUGGAACUUUAUAAGGAACUCCGUAAUUUUUUCGGAGUUCUGCUGACAGCAGCCUAUAACAAGGCUGUGAAGGGAGGCACCCUUCCUCAAGGCUUUGCGGAUGCGUAUGUGGUUUUACUCUUCAAAAAAGGAGCCAAGGAGGCAAGUAGAGUAGAGAGGCAAGCAACAAAGCGCUUGUGCAACG